GUUCACACCCGACAGUCAUUUAAAGAUGCACUCAGCUGUGUAGUGACAGCGGACGUUUGUUAUCGGCUCGCAUCUUUCUGGCACCUUAAACACAAACAUGUCCAUUUUUACACCGACUAAUCAAAUCCGGCUGACCAACGUGGCGGUGGUGCGGAUGAAGAAAGGCGGGAAGCGCUUUGAGAUCGCCUGCUACAAGAACAAAGUCAUGAGCUGGAGAUCCGGAGCAGAGAAGGACCUGGACGAGGUUUUGCAGACACACUCCGUCUUCGUGAAUGUCUCGAAAGGCCAGGUGGCGAAGAAGGAUGACUUGACCAAAGCUUUUGGGACAGAUGACCUCACAGAGAUCUGUAAACAGAUUUUGGCCAAAGGGGAGCUGCAGGUGUCAGACAAAGAGAGGCAGACUCAGCUGGAGACCAUGUUCAGGGACAUCGCAACUAUUGUGGCAGAGAAGUGCGUCAACCCCGACACCAAGAGGCCGUACACGGUCAGCCUGAUCGAGCGGGCCAUGAAGGACAUCCACUACUCUGUCAAACCCAACAAGAGCACGAAGCAGCAGGCUCUGGAGGUGAUUCGGCAGCUGAAGGAGACCAUGGAGAUCCAGAGGGCCCACAUGAGGCUGCGGUUGGUGCUGCCGGCCAAAGAGGCCAAGAGGCUGAAGGAGAAGCUGAAACCGCUGCUGCAGGUCGUGGAGAGCGAGGACUUUGAUGAGGAGCUGGAAAUGGUGUGCCUGGUGGAUCCCGGCUGCUUCAGAGAGAUCGAUGAGCUGAUCCGCUGUGAGACUAAAGGCCGAGGCUCUCUGGAGGUUCUCAGUCUGAAGGAUGUGGAGGAGGGAGAUGAGAAGCUAUAGUAACCCGGCAGGCAGAGCGCUGCACCUUAUCCACACUAACACGCUUCACUGGAGCACACAGACUGCAAACUCAUGAAAAAAAAUUUCUGUUUAUGGCCCGAUUCAUCAUAAUUUCCGCCACUGCCACCCUCUAAGGAUUCAUUUCACUGAAAGAAGUUAUGAUUUGCUGAGUUGAAUCUAUUUUGAUGCAGAUUUCAGAAUUUAUGAGUGAACUUUAGGCUCAGUAAUUAUUCCUGACGUGUUUUUUUUCUCUUUUAUUUAUUAAUUUUUUUAAGACAGUGAUCACUUUAGUAGAACAUCUGCACAAAGUCGCUUCUGCUCAGAUUUUGUAUUCCUCAGCGUCCUGUUCCUGUUCAGCUUUAACCUGGUAAAUUAUAUUUUAUUAUAACAGCUGAGUUUGGUCUGUAAUAAAUAAGCACUAAACAAUAUUUUCUCUGGGGGAUUUGUUUGUGAUGCACACAGUUUUGCACAGGCAGCAUGUUUGUGUCUCACUGCAUAUUGUGUGUGAUAGUCUUCAUAUUGAGUGGGGAGGAUUUAUUGUCUCAUUCACAAAGAUGUGACAUCACAGCGCCGUGAUUGGUUGAAGGAGCAUCACAGUGAUAACCAUUUAUGAGAUUAGUCGCAUACUAAAACUGCUUCAUAGCAGCCGUUUUUUUAUACUGCAUAUAAAAGUGUUGCAUUAAUAGGCAUAAAUGCACGGCUGCAGAGAGGUUAUGGCCUCUUGUGCUGCUAGGGUUGUUGACAGGAAAUAGAUUUUAGGCUGAAAAAAAAAUUGUUCAAAUUUCCCACUUUUAAAACUUUUAUGCAAAACAUAAAAGACUUUAUGAAUCUUUUCAGAGUCGGGCUGCUCAAAGAUUUUUAGAGGAUUAAAGAAAAACAGGUGUUUAUGAUGUUUAAAUGACUUCUCAUUACUGACUCAGCUGCUCUGCACCAUAUUUAGUUAAAGCAGAACCAAUAAAAAAGCAGGAUUAAAGUCAAAUAACUUUAUUAAAACAUGUUUCUAAAUCA